GGACAGUGCUGGGUUAGCACGUGGUUUCUGAAGGAACCAAUGGGAUCGGCGGUCUCCUCACUGGUCACCAGGCCGGCAGGGAUGGCCCAGAGGAAAGCGCAGUUCGGGAGGCUGGGCGUCUCUCCCAGAGCUUGGCGCUGCGGUGCCUGCAGCAACAAGACAAGAAGCUCAGGGCGCUGCGCUUCCCCGGGACUGCGGACGCCCCCGCCUCGCCUCCUCCUCCUUCGGGAUGCUGCUGAGCCCUGUCACCUCCACCCCAUUCUUGGUCAAUGACAUCCUGAGGCUGGAACGCGAGCAGAUUGGCCCCGAGGCCUUGCAACUCCCGAGGGCACGGAGGAGCCCGGAAAGCUCUCAGUACCUGCGACUGGUCCCAGAACUCCGAGGUUCGGAGGCUCACAACGCUGGUGGCGGCGACGGCGACAGAAGGCAGGAGGGGUCGGAGCCUCCUGGGGGACCCUGUGAGAUGGUCACGGAGAUGGACGCGGAACCCGUAGAGGAGCCACAGCCCGGCCUCCGCGGCGGGACCAGGGUGCCAGAGCGCUGCGGAGGCGACGGCGAGCGCAGCGACCGCCGCGAGCAGCCCGGAGCGCGGCAGCGGCGGAGGCCGCGCGUGCUCUUCUCGCAGGCGCAGGUGCUGGCGCUGGAGCGGCGCUUCAAGCAGCAGCGGUACCUGUCGGCGCCCGAGCGCGAGCACCUGGCCGGCGCGCUGCAGCUCACGUCUACGCAGGUCAAGAUCUGGUUCCAGAACCGGCGCUACAAGUGCAAGAGGCAGCGCCAGGACAAGUCCCUAGAAUUGGCGGGCCACCCCCUAGCGCCGCGCCGGGUGGCGGUGCCCGUGCUGGUGCGGGAUGGCAAGCCCUGCCUGGGCCCGGGCGCGCCGGCCUUUCCCGGGCCCUACGGCGCCGCAGCGGCGCCCUACUCCUGUUACCGCGGUUACCCGGGCGCUGCUUACGGCGCGUGCUACAGCGGCGGCUACGCGGGCGCGCCCCCGGGCCCCGUGCCGCCCGCAUCCCUGGCCAGUGCGGGCUUCGGCGGGGGCGGCCAAAAUGCCAGCCCGCAAGGCCACCUGCCCUCCACGCUGCAGGGUGUCAGGGCCUGGUGAGGCGCCUGGGCUCGGAUACAGCCUCCAGGGCCAGGCGCUCAGUCGCCGCCCCUCAGCCAACGGGUCGCGGCCAGGAUGGUGGGAUGGUGGGCCGCUGCCGCGGAGGAAAGAG